GUCAGUGUAGUAGUAGCUGUAGGACCUGCCUUGAAGUUCAGGGACUUUUAACGCCGGCCGAAGAGAGUCUGGCGCACAGACCGGGACAGACCGUCAGUCAGUCCGCCCGCUCUGCGCAUCCGUCCGUCUGGCUGCACUUCACCUGAGAGACACUUUAAACACACCAUGGAUUCCUGGACAGCCACCUUGGCUCUUCUUCUCGCUGGGGUUAUUUCUUCAGCGGCUUUGAGUGUUUUCGACACCGAGUGUUACACUGCCAACGGAGAGGACUACAGGGGCUUCCAGAAUCAGACCAGCCUGCAUGGUGGUAAACCCUGCCUCUUCUGGAAUGAGACUUUCCAGCACCCUUACAACACUCUUAAAUACCCCAAUGGAGAGGGGGGUCUGGGCAGCCACAACUUCUGCAGGAACCCUGAUGGGGACGUUCAGCCGUGGUGCUACAUCGCAGAUCACGAGGACGGGAUCUACUGGAGAUACUGCGACAUCCCAACAUGCAAGAUGCCUGGGAACUUGGGCUGCUUCAGAGACAGCGGCGACCCACCCACUUUGUCCGGCAGCAGCGAGACCUCCAACAAACUCACCAUCCAGAACUGCAUUAGCUUCUGUAGGAAGCAGAGAUACAAGCUCGCCGGCAUGGAGUCAGGAUAUGCUUGUUUCUGUGGCAACGAAGUGGAACAGCGUGACCACGGCGAGUCGCCUAGCAUGGAGUGUAACCAUGUUUGCUUCGGAGAACACACACAGCCCUGCGGGGGGGACGGCUGGGUCAUCAUCUUUGACACACGUGUGGGGGCCUGUGGUGGAAACUACUCCUCUCCAUCCGGAGUGAUCUACUCCCCUGAUUUCCCAGACAAGUACGGGGCUGGCCGAGUUUGCUACUGGACCAUCCACGUCCCUGGAGCCUACGCCAUCCUCUUCAACUUCACUUUCUUUGAAAUCUCCGACCAGACGGACAUGGUGGAGCUCCUUGAUGGCAACAACAACCAGGUGUUGGCGCGCUUCGACUGGCGCAGCCCUCCGAGGGAGCUAGUGAACGUCACAGGAGACUAUGUCAUUCUGUACUUCUACUCUGACCGCACCAACCAGGCCCAGGGAUUUGCUCUGCUUUACCAAGCACUGAGAAGCCAAGACACCACAGCAAUGGAGGGCGAAGGAGGUGAGGAUGAUGAAGCGGAGGACGUCUCGAGCACGGCGGGGCCGCAGCUAGCUGGCGGCAUCACAGAGAGGUCCAACAGCACCUCCAACGGACGCUCCUCCCAGAUCCUCUACGUGAUCACGUCCAGCCCCGGGAAACCGGAGCACAACAUGCCAGGUCAGUGGGCUGGACGCGGCGAGACCACCAGCCACAGCGCUAUGUGGACCAUUUAUGCUCUGGCAGCUCUCCUCAUUCUGACAGUCAUCGCCAUGGUGGCGAAGCUGCUGCUCCAUAUGACAGUCAAGUCUCAGAACAUCCCAACGGUGAGCGGUUCAGACAGCUGCAGUCAGAGCACCGCGUCCUCUGAGCCCUGGAUCAUCCUGUACCGGCCCUCCACCAUCUCCCUCUUCAAGAAGAAGCUAAAGAACCACCACGGCGACCUCAGCCCCCUGGUGGGCAACUAGCUGCGCACCACCACUAACCAAACGCCACCGCCAAACACAACUGCUCUGUACGAUGGCCGUCAGGAGCCAGGCCCUCAGACAAUGAAACUAUAGGAGGCGCUGCGCCAACACGAACAACUGAGUGGCUAAUGACAAGUGACUGCUAAGAAAUGGCAUUUGAGCCCAAGUGGCCCUCCCACCCUGCUCAGCACCAAAGAGGAGUGGGACAGGCAGGGCUGUCACUGAGUGUGGGGGCCAAAGAGGACGCUCUGACAGAGAUACAAGGAAGAAAGUGAGGCUCCAUUUCCAUCGCCCAUGGAUGUCCCUUACAGUCAGCAUACCUCCUGAAAACCUUCCAGACUGCAGGCUCACCAGAGAAAACACAAGCUGCUGCAGAUUAACGGCUUACUGUCUGUUUCGGAAACGGGGAGGUAAACCUCUUCCCGGUGCUUCAGAGUCACAGCCUUCAUCAGCAGCAAGGAGAGGAUGAAGAAACUUUGAUUCACACUUUACAGUUUUGUAACAGCCAAAAACCAGAAUCCUCCCAUCCCUCAAAGUUAUCUAUUUAUUUGUCUUUUUGAGUCCAUAUGCAAAGUGCUAAUGUGUCCUUUUUGUUGUGCUUCACGUAACAACUAGCUUUCUGAGAAGAGGGAAACGGGAUACAGAAACGCCAUUCUGAAGGUAGAUAUCACAGCACUUUGGGGAUGAAUCACUCGCCAUAAAAAUGAAAAGAUCACAGAGCGCUCGCCCACUCAGCACUCAUGUGUAUUUGCGUGUAGAGAUAACUAGUGUUGUUCCCCUUGAGUGGGGGUUGGGUGGUGCAGUUUGCAGACAAACUGCCAUUAGGGAGGCUUGGGAAGAUCUGAGGGCUUUUUCUGCUCGGUUGUGGGUGGGAGUCUUUUUGGUUUGAUGGUGUUCAAGUGCCUUAAGGAGCUCCUCUUCCCUUGUCUCAGAUGCAUCACAUCUGUUUCGGGUCCCUCACUCAAGUCUUUAUAAUCAGCGUGGAUGUGAAGAGUUUCAUUCCGAAAUAGGAUUGCUACCACUUAAAUGUAAAGUAAAGAAAAAAUGCUACAUCUUGUACAGAGAUUGAAAGCAUUAAGUCUUUUAAAACAUAUUCCACUCAACUGAAAACCUCUCCGGAUAUUUUACAUUUUUACUACAUGAUGGACAUGAGGAUAUAUCAUAAUGAACAUUUUAGGAUAGAACUCUUCAUGUAGAAACGGACAAGGCUUUGAAAAAAAAACAUUUGUUUCUAAUUUCUUUGUGUGCUCUUAUGUGUAGUCUUGGACAUUUACUGAACAUAUUGUUCUUAUUAAGUUGUCUUUUAAUUACGGGAGGCGGGGUGAAUAUUGUUGUAUAUUAUGUAAUUCAGUGAUGAUAUUUAUGUCCCGCCCUUUCAUUUUGUGUCUCGUCAAGGGCAUUUGAAAAAAGUAAUUUCUCGUCAACUUCGCCUAAAGGUAUAGACUGAUUGGUUUUUCUCCCCUUUUCACAGUGGUACAUUUCUUAAAUUCUACAAGACUAAUAUUAAGAAUAAGAUCAACUUGUAUCAACAAUAACAUCAUUAAUAAUAAUACAUUUAAUUUCUAAGCGCUUUUUCGGGUGCUCAAAGACACUUUACAGUGGUAUUAAAAGGAAAUAAAAUAAAUGUAAAAAGUUAAAUUAAAAUAUUAAAACAAAAACACAACAUUAUUCACACAUUAAAAUUACACAUGAGCCCGAAUACACACAUGUACAAUCAACCUAUAGACUAUAAGAGGGUUGGCCGAGCGAAAGGGCUGCCAGUGUUCCGGCGCGGGGGGGGGGGGUGUACAGUUAAGGACACCUCAGCAUUGCCACGAAGCCUAACUGACACCUCUCCAGCUUGACACAACUGACACUUGUUUAGACGCUUUUAUCCAAAGCGACUUACAUACUCAAUACAGCUACCAUUCAACACUCUGUAUUUUGGUCGAUCGAGUCUUGAACCUGCGACCCUUCGGUUCCCAUGCCAAGUCCCUACUGCCGCCCAGGAUUCUGCAUUGACCCAUUCUAGUAUUAGGAGCAGUGGACAGCCAUUAUGUAUGGUUAGGAGACGGUGCCUUGUUCAGGGGCACCUUCGUACUACUUAGGCAUUCUGGGACUCGAAUCGGUGACCAUCCGGUUCCCAUGCUAAGUCCCUACGGCCUGGGCCACCACCGCUCUUGAACUUGCUUGAUAUCAAGCCAAAUUAUUUUAACGCAAACAAUAUCCCCAGACAGAAAUAUAACCAGCUGUCCUAGCUGUCACGAUUUUCUGUGCCAUUGCUGUGACAUUUAAACUCCUUGUGAAAGGUCAAAUGUAAAAGCUUGCCAUCGGCGUAGGUAUGAUAGUCACCCCAAUCAUUCUCUGACAGGAUAAAUAGAAAUUAUGUUUGAAAACCGCAGCGCACUUACAUUUGCUUCCAAUUACAAGAUGAAAUAGUACUUCUUGAGUUUUGCAUUCAGUUUCAGUGAAAACGUACUUAGUGCAGCAACCUGAGCAUUUGAGACAAAAGGAGAAACACGAUGCAGCAUCACGGGGACAUUCAAGUCAGAAAAUGUACAGUUUUCCAAGAAUCAGAAAACAUUUGAAGCCUUUAAAAAAAAAAACUUUUCUUUUGUCAAUCAGAAGUUUUGUAAAAAUGUGAGGCUAUAUUCUCCCUGUCUGCUCAACUGUACUCAUGUUAAUUAUUGCAAGACAAGAACACAUGCCCCUGGGUCUGUGAUGUUCGGAGGCAGACCAUGCGUACAGAAAGGGAGAAAAAAAAGAGGCCGUAGAUGUGGGAGCGAUGGGAAAUUAAUGUGCGUUCUCAUCAAACACAAGCUAACGGAAUCUGACGGUUAAAAUCUAACAAGGGCAUAUUUGUUUGGACAGCCUGGUGAAUUAUGCAAACUCCCAUCCUCCAGUCAAUCGGAAAAUUCCACGCUUUCUUCUGAGCGGUGGAAAUGGUCUUUUCCCAAACUGUCGUUGACGUGAUUGUCGUGUAGUGUUCGAUGACAUGAAAACCUCACCGGAAGCCCUGUGGGAAAUCAUCUAGAGGGGCCAAAACAUUGUUUUCAUGAAAUUGUACAUAGCAAAAAAAACGUGAAAUGUUUAAUUUAUGCAGUAAAUUAUUGUUAUUUUGUAUGUGAAUGGGAUAUAUAUUUUGUAUAAGUGAAGUAUCUUUGUAGUUUUAUUUAACGUGUCCUGGUUGCAAAAUAAACACUGUAUGCAUGUUUUUUAAACUGGUGUUGUGCUUAUUAUUGUGUUUAUGUUCAAUGCUCUUCAAGAUGUAUGCAUGCACUCAAGUGGCAGAGAAGCAGGCCCAGUUCAAGCUAAUCCCAGACUGCAGUGUUUGGAUGGUGCAACCUACCCUUCUUUUUUCUAUGAAGUUAAAUAUUUAUCAAAUAUGCAAAAUUAAUCCCAGACUGCUUAGAUACACACACACACACACACACACACACACACACACACACACACACACGCACACAUACGCAGGAAGGAUUUAAAGUGCCAUGUGUAACCCAUUGGUUUCCCUCCAGGAUGAGGUCAAGCAUGCAACCUGCACAUGUUAGAGGGUAACAGCAGGAGGUCAGCUUUACAACUGGAACACCAUGAACAAAACAAACAUGGAAGGACGUGUAACAAGCUGGAACACUCUGGAUGUUUGCUAUGGAUAUUUCUUAAUUCAUAAAAGGUGUUUCUGAGUUUUUAUUUCAACAAGUGCUCACUCUGUAACUGUUUAAGUGCUGGUUUUGUUUCUGAUGAACUGGGCAGUGGUGUGUGCUAUUUAACCCUAACCCAAAGACAACUGGCAUUGCAACUCUAUGCAAAAGUAAAGGGAUUCUGACAAAUGUGUGCACGUGCUUCCACACAGCUUCCUGUAGAUGUGCAUGUGCAACAACAAAGGCUCACUUUGGGUCAAAAACACAAAGUUGAAACUGUUUAAGUCUCCCUUAAA